GAAAUGAUUAAAAUUCUCCACGCACAAAACAUACCAUUCUAUGCGGAAGUUGUCACCAAGGUAUCUACUUUCAUAUUGAAAAAGGUUCAUGAACAAUUUUUAAAGGCAUCUAAUGCAAUACUAGAAAAUCCACUACAACCUUGUAGUGGUACUUUUAAGUCGUCGAUGGACCUUCCUUGCGCUCAUGCAAUUAAGAAACUUCUUGAAAGAAAUCAAUGUUUACAACUUACCGACUUCCAUCAACAUUGGAGAAUCCAAGAACAUCAAUUAGAUUAA